UUGUAGGCUGUCCUCUUUCAAGCUUUGGAGCUUAAACAGAUAUUCAUGAAAACCGUCCACAUGCUUAAUGCAUGGAUUGUCAACCACGUUUCUGAUGUGAAAGAAGGGGAAGAUUCCUGAAAAGAGACGCUUUCUUGAAACCGGAAUCCCAUACAACAUCUGUCAGCUUUAGCUACCCAAUUCAAGUGUCACCGAAAAACAGUAAAGACGUAAGCCAUGCCCUGCGUCCAGGCUCAGUAUGGGUCAUCACCUCAAGGAGCCAGUCCUGCUUCCCAGAGCUACAGCUACCACGCCGCCGGAGAGUACAGCUGCGACUUCUUAACACCUGAGUUUGUUAAGUUUAGUAUGGACCUGACCAACACUGAGAUCACUGCCACAACGUCUCUCCCUAGUUUCAGCACGUUCAUGGACAACUAUAACACAGGUUACGACGUUAAACCGCCCUGUCUGUAUCAAAUGCCCCACUCUGGAGAGCAGUCCUCCAUCAAGGUCGAGGACGUCCAGAUGCACAGCUAUCAUCAGCAGACCCACCUGCCUCCGCAGUCAGAAGACAUGAUGACCCACUCCGGGCCCAUGUACUUCAAGCCCUCCUCACCUCACGCCCCGAGUACGCCAAACUUCCAGGUCCAACCCAAUCACAUGUGGGAGGAUCCUGGCUCUCUUCACAGCUUUCAUCAGAACUAUGUGGCGGCGACGACUCACAUGAUAGAACAGCGCAAAAACCCGGUGUCAAGGCUUUCAUUAUUCUCCUUCAAACAGUCCCCUCCCGGUACCCCUGUGUCGAGUUGCCAGAUGCGAUUCGAUGGCCCACUGCACGUUUCAAUGAGCCACGACAACUCCGGUGGACACCGUGGCUUGGAUAGCCAGAGCUUCGCGGUGCCGAGUGCCAUUAGGAAACAAGCUGGCCUCGCGUUUCCCCACUCCCUGCAGCUGGGGCACGGGCACCAGUUGAUGGACAGCCAAGUUCCAUCGCCCCCGUCCAGAGGAUCUCCAUCAAACGAGGGUCUGUGCGCAGUGUGUGGGGACAAUGCCGCUUGCCAGCAUUAUGGAGUGCGAACCUGCGAGGGGUGUAAAGGAUUUUUUAAGCGCACCGUUCAGAAAAAUGCUAAAUACGUGUGCUUAGCGAACAAAAACUGUCCUGUGGAUAAACGCAGAAGAAACCGGUGUCAAUACUGCCGUUUCCAAAAGUGCCUUGUCGUUGGAAUGGUGAAAGAAGUUGUUCGAACUGCAAGUCUAAAGGGCCGAAGAGGCCGCCUGCCAUCCAAACCCAAGAGUCCCCAGGACCCCGCCCCGCCGUCACCGCCCGUCAGCCUCAUCAGCGCGCUCGUGAGAGCCCAUGUAGACUCCAACCCCUCCAUGUCUGCCUUGGACUAUUCAAGAUUUCAGGCUAACCCUGACUACCAAAUGACUGGAGACGACACACAGCACAUCCAGCAGUUCUAUGAUCUCCUGACCGGCUCCAUGGAGAUUAUCCGGGGUUGGGCCGAAAAGAUCCCCGGGUUUCCUGAUCUACCGAGGCAGGAUCAGGAUCUUCUUUUCGAAUCCGCCUUCUUGGAACUCUUCGUUCUGCGUCUCGCAUACAGGUCCAACUCAGUGGAAGGCAAACUGAUCUUCUGCAGCGGAGUGGUCUUGCACAGGCUUCAGUGCGUGCGCGGAUUUGGAGAGUGGAUAGACUCGAUUGUGGAGUUUUCCUCCAACCUGCAGAGCAUGAAUAUAGACAUAUCAGCAUUCUCCUGCAUCGCCGCCCUGGCUAUGGUUACAGAGCGACAUGGGCUGAAGGAACCCAAGAGAGUUGAGGAUCUUCAAAACAAGAUAGUGAACUGCCUAAAAGACCAAGUGACAUUCAAUGGCGGAGGCUUGAAUCGGCCGAACUACUUGUCAAAACUUUUGGGCAAGCUGCCCGAACUCCGCACGCUAUGUACACAAGGUCUGCAGCGCAUCUUCUACUUAAAACUCGAAGACUUAGUCCCUCCGCCAGCAAUAAUUGACAAACUUUUUCUUGACACACUACCGUUUUAAAUUGACACUUGACCAUUAACGAGACCUCAACGAACUUCCACAGACUCGGUUUGAGUCAGCCUGACAGAUUUUUAAGAUUUUAUCUCUGAAUAUUUGCAAGCUCCGUAUAGGCUUAUAGAACAACGAUGCCAGAUACUUUGUGAGGAUCUAUAAAAUAGAUGCAAAGAAGAAAGAGAGGAAUUUGAGCUCCCUGGUUAAUUUUCUUUCAUGUGAUGAAUUAUUGUGAGUAGGGAAACGAACGGCCCACUCCGGGGAAACUUCUCCCCAUGGACUUCUCGACAAAGUUAAAACUGUCUUGCAACUUAUAUUCCUUCUUGUUUACUAAUCAGCUCCAUUAUCUGCUCCAAUGAUAAUGCGUAUUCAGAUGUAAUAUAUUCCAUUUAUAUAUACACAUAUAUGAUAGAUUAUGUGAUGCGUCCAAUGCGUCAGUUUAUAACACGUGUACAAAGUUUGUUACGAUGACAACAUUUAAUUUUCUUUGUUUUAAUGACUCGUGCCUAUGUGUUUCUGCCAGGAUCCCACGGUUUGAAAAUAUUCCGAAAAGACAACGCAUGUUGUAGUUUUUUUUUAUAGGCACUUGCUAUCGAGGUGAUGUUGUCUAUAUUACACAUGAUAUUCCGGACACUAUGUAGUCUGCUAGAUUUGAUAAGGAUUCGUAGUACUGGCACACCUUUUAUGUACGACGGAUAUGUAGACACGUAUCUCCAUCUGUAUAGACAAUAUGUAGACACGUAUCUCCAUCUGUAUAGACAAUGAGGGACCCAUGGUGUUUGUAAACCUGUCAGACAUUCCUUGUUUGUACGUGUUGUAAGUAUUGUUGCUGUUGAAUAUAAACGUUUCUCUAUAUUUAUUAUUUCUAUGUUGCCAAAAGCUAAAUUAAGCAUGGUGCCAUUUAAAUGAUUUCAAACCAUCUGAAUUCCUACUGAGCACGUUGUCUAUGUUCUAUGUCUUAUAGACGUCUAGAUAGUUAUAAUUUAAACACAUCUGAAAAUGAAAAACGCAUCAUAACAGGUUGAUGAGUGUAUGGUACAUCUUUAUCACGGUGUAUCAUGGUGUAAUAAUAUUAGGCUAUUGCAAUGCAUUUGGUGCCGAAUUCCAAAA